CUAGUCAUUUUGGUCGACACCACAAAUUCUUUUAUAUUGUCGCGUAGAGAUUUCAACGCGAUUACAUCUAUCAGGGAUUAGAAUAAUUAAAUCACUUAAUUUGUGUUUAUGUAAUACACACACGUUUCAACGAACGUUCUUCAAGUGCUUCAAAGCGGUAUAUAAACUCUACGAGAAAGCUUUGUUAUUAAUCAGUAUCACGAUCUCAUCAUGUUGGCGUUGUUUGUACUCGUUAGCUUGGCAGCAGCUGCUCAUGGCUUUCCGAAUUCUUAUAUUAUCGGUGGAAAAGACGCUCCAGUGGGCGCGUAUCCGCAUCUGGUAUCUCUGAGAAAGAAUGGAUCUCACUCCUGCGGCGGAUCUAUCAUCUCUACACGCACCGUUCUCUCUGCAGCCCAUUGUGUUAUUUCUUACGUCAAAGAUCCCCGUGUUCUGGAAAUUCUGACUAUUCACGCCGGCACGAAUCUGUUGAGCGAAGAAGGAACUGUUUACAAAGCAAUCAAGGCCAUCCAUCACGAAAAUUACAAUAUGUAUAAAUUACUCAACGACAUUGGUGUGCUCAUUCUGUCGAGACCUGUUGAAUUCACUCCCACGAUUCAACCCAUUCGACUCGCGACCAACGACAUCGUCGCAGGCUCUCCUUGCGUUCUAAGCGGUUGGGGAAGAACCGCAAUCGGUGGUUUGUUCCCUGACAAGUUGCAACAUAUCAAGUUGAACGUUUAUGAUCAAAAGAAAUGCCAAGCCAUAUUCUGGCAAGUAAAGUCUUCUCACAUCUGCACGUAUACGAGAGCAGGCGAAGGCGCGUGUCAUGGUGAUUCCGGUAGUCCUCUUAUUGCUGGUGAUGUUCAAAUCGGUGUUGUUUCUUUCGCUUUGCCGUGCGCUCGCGGCGAGCCCGACGUGUUCACUAGAGUGUCCUCAUAUACGAAUUGGCUGAGGAAAAAUAUUGUUCUGUAAUCAAAUAAACUGAGAUCUUUUGUUUGCAUA